AUGUUGGCGUCGGUGAGUGACUCCGUCGUUCGCGCCACGGACGCGGUCGUGGACCGCUGGAGGGGCGGCACCAACUUGGACCGCGCGGCGCUGGCUGCCGGCGGUGUGGCGUCGGCGCUGACGGCCGGGUACCUGGUCAAGGCUGUCGUCGGCGGCCGCUCGAAGCCGAGCACGUACCAGCUGUCGGGUGGUUCGAUUGAGAAGGGGCAGGUGCGCGGGAAGUUCGACGAGUACUGGGGGUCGUUCGGUCAGGGCGCCGGCGAGGGCAUCGUCUCCGAGAAGAGGGAUGAGACUCCAAGCCUGGUGGACACGUUCUACUCCCUCGUCACCGACAUUUACGAGUGGGGCUGGGGCCAGUCGUUCCACUUCUCUCCUGUCCUCCCGGGCCAGACCGAUCUGUGCUCGGAAGUGGCGCACGAGGUCUACAUCCCGGCCAUGCUGCACGUCGGCCCGGGCGACCGCAUCCUCGACUGCGGCUGCGGUGUCGGCGGCCCCAUGAGGCGCGUGGCGUCGCGCUCCGGUGCGCACGUGACGGGCAUCACGAUCAACGACUACCAGGUGCAGCGCGCCAUCGCGCACAACAAGGCGCUCGGGGUGGACAAGCUCACCGACGUCGUGUGCGGGAACUUCUUGGAAAUGCCGUUCGACGACAACACCUUCGACGGUGCUUACGCGGUGGAAGCGACUUGCCACUCCCCGGACAUCCAGGCGGUGUACGCCGAGAUCUUCCGCGUGAUCAAGCCCGGCUCGCACUUCUUUUCGUACGAGUGGGUGACCACGAAGGAGUUCGACCAGUCCAACCCCGAGCACGUGCGGAUCAUCGACGAGAUCAACAAGGGCAACGGCCUGCCGGAGAUGCGCUCGUACAAGGAGUGCGAGGAGGCGGGCAAGCGCGCUGGUUUCGAGCUGGUGAAGUCGAUCGACUUCGCGGUCGCCUCGCCGGUCUGCAAGCCCUGGUAUGCCAGGCUGCAGACGCUGAACGGUCCUCAGAUCAAGAUCAUCAACCGUGGCUUCGUCAACACCCUGAACGCCAUCGGGCUGCUCCCCCGCGGCGUGAAGGAGGUGCACGACAUGCUCGUGGACGUUGGCGAGUCUCUCGUCGAGGGCGGCGUCACGGGGAUCUUCUCGCCAAUGCACAUUCUGCUUUUCCGCAAGCCCACCAAGUGA